UUGCUUUUGUUUUGUUUUGUUUUUAGGGGGCCUCUCAAAACCCACACUCAGAGCUAUGCCAAGUAAUGUGGUAACCAUUGGGAAGCAGGUAACUCUACUUUGUGAAGGCCCCUUAGAUGCCCAAGAAUACCAUUUCUAUAAAGAAGGUAAGCCACAUUCCCAGGUACCAACAGCUCAUGAAGACACUGAAAAAAAGGACAAGAUCUUUAUCUCAUCCAUUAAAAGUAAUGAUGCAGGCCAAUAUCAGUGUUAUUUUAAAAGCCGUGCUGGCACAUCAGAACACAGUGACACCCUGGAGCUCGUGGUGACAGGUUUCUAUAUCAAACCAACCCUGUUUGCACUGCCAAACCCUAUUGUAGCCUUAGGAGGAUAUGUGACCCUCUUAUGUAUCUCACAUGAGGGAUACAACAGGUUCAUUUUAAUUAAGGACAAGCAGUUCUCCAGCUCCAUGGACUCACAAUAUGUAUAUGAUGGGCUGUCUCCAGCCAGAUUUGAAGUGGGUCCCAUCACAUUCAGAGAAAGAUGGAGUUUCAGAUGCUAUGGUUAUCACACAAGCAAGCCUCAAGUGUGGUCAGAAGGGAGUGACAUCCUGGAGCUUCUUGUCUCAGGUUUCUACUACAAACCCACCCUGUCUGCACUGCCAAUCCCUGUUGUAACUUUAGGAGGAUCUGUGACCCUUUCAUGUACCUCAAAACAGAGAUAUGACAGGUUUAUUUUAAUUAGGUAUAAGCAGUUCUCCAGCUCCAUGAACUCAAAAUAUGUAUAUACUGGUCAGUCUCCAGCCAUGUUCCAAGUGGGUCCCGUCACUCUCAGUGAAAGAUGGAGUUUCAGAUGCUAUGGCUACUACUCAGGAGAGCCCCAUGUAUUGUCAAAAGGGAGUGAUAUCCUGGAGCUUCUAGUCUCAGGUGAGCAAGCCCCAGGCUUGAAUGACAUUGAACAUGAAGCAGGUUUCUCUAGGAGAUGCUAG